AUGAUGAAAAGGCAGUUUCAUCGGAUGCGGCAGCAGCUGUCCCAUCCCAACAUCACCAGCAGAGCCCAAGAAGCAACCGAGCUCCUGCCAGAAGAUUUGCUGCAGAUUGAGCAGAGGAUCGAGCCAGCCAAGCGAGCAGCCCACAGCGUGUCCAAGAGGCUCCAAGCCUGCCUGCAGGGGCAAUGCGGCUCUGAGAUGGACAAGCGAGUGAAGAAGCUGCCCUUGAUGGCUCUAUCCACGACAAUGGCUGAGAGCUUCAAGGAACUGGACACAGAGUCCAGCCUCGGGAAAGCCCUGGAGAUGGGCUGCUGCAUACAGAGCUCGCUGGCCAAAAUCCUGGCUGAGUUUGAGAUCGCUCUGGAGCAUGACGUCCUGCAGCCGCUCAACAAACUCAGUGAGGAGGAACUUCCCAUCAUCCUGAAGCGCAAGAAGACCCUCCAGAAGUUGAUUUCUGACUGGAACACAAUCAAGAGCCGGCUGAACCAAGCUGCCAAGAGCUCCAGUAACAGCGCUGGCACUGGCGCUGGCCCGGGGGCAUCUUCUGCUGCCAACAAACUGGAGAUCUUGAAGGAAGAGGAGGAGGAGGUGAAGAGGAAGGUGGAGCAGUGCAAGGACGAGUACAUGGCUGACCUCUACCACUUCUCCACCAAAGAGGACAGCUACGCCAGCUACUUCAUCAAACUGCUGGAAAUCCAAGCCCAGUACCACCGGCAAUCCCUGGGAUCUCUGGACUCGGCUCUGGUGGAACUGAAGGAAAGCCACAGCCAGUCAGAACCCUCCUUCACUGCAGACACCCCGAUGGCAGGAUACUACGGUGUGCCCUUAGAGAUGCACCUCAAGAGUUUGGGUCGGGAGAUUGCGUUGCCCAUCGAAGCCUGCGUCAUGAUGCUGCUGGCCUCCGGCAUGAGGGAGGAGGGACUCUUCCGGCUGCGGGGCGGGGGGACACGAUCGGGCAGUCCUUGCUGUCCCCCAGCCACCAUCAGCCGUGCCGCUCCCCCUCCCCUCCCAGGUGCACUGAAAUCCUACCUGCGGGAGCUGCCCCAGCCUUUGAUGACCUUCGAGCUCUACAACGAAUGGGUCAAAGUGGCCAGCUUAAAGGACGUUGACAGCCGCAUACAGAGCCUGCGAGACACCUGCAGCCGCCUGCCCCGGGAGAGCUACAACAAUCUGAGGUAUCUGGUCAAGUUUUUAGCCAAGCUGGCCGAACACCAGGAGGUGAAUAAAAUGACCCCCAGUAACAUCGCCAUUGUGCUGGGCCCCAACCUGCUGUGGUCGCAGCAGAGCACAGAAGACCCCAUGCAACUGGACUUGGCCUCGGUCUCCUCCAUCCAGGUGGUGAGCGUGGUGGAAGCCCUCAUCCAGAACGCAGACACCCUCUUCCCCGGAGAGGUAGAUUUCAAUGUCUCGGGCAUGUUCAUGCCACCAGAGAACAGACGACUUGGUGAGGCCGCCCCGGUGGAAGAGCUGACCCCUGAGCCCCCUCCAGCUAGCACCUCAACUCUCCCAGAUGGAGAGGCCACCUCGAGGGACCCAGAGGCCAGGUCCCAGCCGGCAUCCCCAGCAGUGACCAGACCUCCCGAAACUGCAGGGCCGCCGGCUCCAACAAUGACUGAUGACACUGCCCGCAAAGGCAAGCGCCCAGCUCCAGCCCGACCCAUGAUGCCGCCGCCACCCGUGGCCCAGCUCCGGAGCAUG